AUGGUGAUGACAUACCAAUCGUCACUGUCAGAUGACGCAAAUACACGUCGUCUGACCUUUGUUGCUGCAUUCGGGUGGUCGUCAUGGUGGGCGGUCAUGAAUCGUGGUGGGCGCUGGUCGCCAUUGGUUGAUGGUGGUGCUCUGGUGGUGCCAUGUCAUUGUGGUGGUGGGUGUUUGAGGAUGGUGGUGGUGCCAUGUCGCUGGCAGUGGUCGUUACCAUUCGUUGGUGGUGUGUCAUGGCCGUUGUUGGGUCAUGUUGCAUCAUUGUGGUUGUCGCCGUUGUCAAUGUGGUUGGUGGGAGGGAAUGGAGGUGGGGAAGAGGAUGGUUGGUGGGUGGAAAGGAAAGAGUGUUGCAUUUGUUUGGUAGUGUUGCCUUUGUUUGGUAACAGAAGUAAAAUAAACAAACAAAUGAAUGGAUUCCAUUGCAUUCCGUUCCUGUCAAUCCUGUGGAACAUUCCAGUGUCAAUUCUGGAAUGCCCAAAUUCCCCUGGAAUGGUAAGGCACCAGAAUGAUGAAAAUAGCAGGCCUCCCUGCCAAAUUUCAUUCCUCUGGAAUCCACCGGAAUCUGCAGGAAUGACCGGAUUCCUGCAGGAAUUAGGGGGGCACUGA